AAGCGCUCAAGUAACUUCCCGACGACGCUCCCUGGUACGUUAUAAAAGACGGCGUAAGAUACUGGUCGAGUCACUGCGUUUCCAUCCAAGUCCCCCUCUCCUAAUUACUCCCCGACUAAACUCUACAACGAUGCACUAUCGUAUGGGUUCCUCUUCCUCUUCACACAGCCACAAGUCUUGGGGCUCAACAUCGGCAUCCCCGGUGCCGACCCCAAACACGCCGAACCUACAUUCAGUUUCGCUCCCGAUACCAAUUAUCAACGCACCCCACCUCCAUACGGUGUCCCUCCCGCACCCUAAUGCACACUUGCACCAACCCCCUGUAUCGCGACCUAGCAUUUGUGCAACUGCGACCAGACUGUCCGCCUAACAGGAUUUGGGAGUUUGCGGUACAACCGAAAGUCUCUCGUAUGACCAUUAUUAUUUCCGAGCUUCCCGCUUGGAUAAUAGAAGUUGUGAACCCUCACGGCAUCACCGUGAAUGAUGUCCUGCUCAAGAUACGGGAAACCCUCAACCGAGGUGUUACAUCACACGAGAUGCAAAUGCACAGACCUUCCCAUGCGGUUAAUGCCGCCAUCGAUUCUUUCAGGGCUAGGUCCCGUGCAGACCAGCGCGAACAUGCGCUGGGUGUAAAACGUUUGGACUUUUUGGGCCCAAAAAUCUUCUUCGCUGGCCUCACUAGAGCUAGAGAUGGUUCGGAUAGCUGGAAUAUCCACUUCUCCCAGAAUGUUUGA